AUGUCAGCGGAACAGGAGAAGGACCCUAUCGCGCUGAAGAGAUCUCGAGGUGGUGAUAGUGGAUUGGAUGGGUUAGGAGGACCAGGAGUACAACUUGGAAGCCCUGAUAAGAAAAAGCGCAAAGCAAAUACACAGGGAUCAUCAUUUCCUCCUCCAUCUGAAUAUGCUCCACCGCCGAAUCCAAGCUCUGACCACCUUGUAGCUGCAAAUCCAUUUGAUGACAACUAUAAUACUGUGUCUUAUAAACCACUUCCUUCAGGAAAUCCAUAUUUUAGUAAUCCUGGGUAUCCUGGCUUUGGAGGCUAUAACACUUUCAGAAUGCCACCUCACAUGCUGCCCAGAGUGUCCGCGCCGUAUGGUGGCUCUUACUCCCUCAGAAACCAACCACAUCCCCUUCCUCAAAACCCAGUGGGAAUGGGUUUUAGUCGACCCCACUCUUUCAGCUUUGGUCCACAUGAUAACCCAGGUUUUGGGAAUCAACCGCCUUAUAGUAGUGGUCAGAUAAAUCAAAAUGUCAAUAUACCUGGUCAGCAUUUCAGACCAAAUCUUGGUGAGAACUUUGCCCAUUCUGGUCAGAUACCUCACCCUGAUGUGCCAUCUAACUUUGGUCCUGGAAACAAUCCAAAUUUCCCAAGUUCACAGCUAGAGUCAAACCAUUCUUUUAUUCUUCCACCAAACACAUACAACCAGACAAAAUCAUCAGCACAAAAGCAAGACUUUAGUCAAGGUGCAAGCAAAGCAUCCAGCCAGAACACUGCUGCUCAUCAGCAUCAUCACAGAACAGAGGACAUUGUGAGCCAAGGUAACAGUGACCUAAAAAAUGUUACACGAAACAAUGUGGUAAAUCAGGAUAAUAGCCAUUCUAAUAGUGCUGAUAACACUAAUGCUGGCCAUUCCAAUGGGACUCAGAAUAAGUCCCGCCAGCCUCGAGGUACUGCUGAAGGAUGCAACUCUGAAAAGAGCAGCAAAACACCCCUUCAUCCCAGUCGCCAUGGUCACUCGUCCUCUGAACCCGUCUAUCCAUGUGGAAUUUGUACACAUGAAGUUAAUGAUGACCAGGAUGCCAUCCUGUGUGAAGCCUCUUGUCAAAAAUGGUUUCAUCGGAUCUGUACAGGCAUGACUGAGUCAGCUUAUGGCCUUCUUACAGCAGAAGCGUCAGCAGUAUGGGGUUGUGAUACUUGCAUGGCUGAUAAAGAUGUCCAGUUAAUGCGUACAAGAGAGGCUGCAGGACCACCUGCUUUGAAUACGGAUGGCUAA